GAGCCGCACCGAAAACCCUCUCCCGCUCUCUCUCUCUCUCUCUCUCUCUCUCUCUCUCUCUCCAUUUUUUACUCUUUCAACGUUCCUUCUUUGCAAUUACACGGACAUAUUUAUAGGGUUAGUUUGUUUUUCAAGACAGCCUCAACGGAAUCCGUCAACCCCUCGUCUUACGCACACCUAAAAUUACGCAGAAGUUCCCUAAAAUCACCUUCCCCCACCCCGAAAUCGCCGUCUUCUGCCGCAAGCAGCCGUCCUCCGCCGCAAACCGCCCUUCGCCGCUUACCCACCUCCCCAAACGUGGUUCUUUAGCCCCCUCCCAAGACGGUUUUUCAAUACGCCAAGGUAAUUUUCGGGGCCGUUUCGGUGGCAAAGAGAGGGCUAAAUUUUGCGUUUCGGAGGUGGAGGCGGCAGCGGCGGGUGGUUGAUUGCGGUCCGUGUAGGCGGACGGUGGCAGGCGGCGGGGAAGAUGCUGAGCGUGAAGAAGGCGUGGGGAACGUGGGAAGAGCUCGUCCUCGGCGGUGCAGUGCUCCGUCACGGUACCCGGGACUGGGACGCCGUAGCUUCGGAGCUCCGAACCCGAACCCUGUAUCCAUACAUUUUUACGCCCGAGCAUCCCCAUGUGCAGGUGUGUAAAGCCAAGUAUGAGGACUUGCAACAUCGUUAUUCUGGCUGCAAGGCUUGGUUUGAAGAGCUUCGAAAACAACGAGUGGCAGAGUUGAAGAGAGCACUGGAGCAAUCUGAAGACUCAAUUGGGUCUUUAGAAUCGAAGCUUAAAACUCUCAAUGCAGACAAAGGAGAUUCCUGUUGCAUAGAUUACAACUCCAGCCAGAUGGAAUCAGCUGUGCCCUUUCAAAAAUCUGAGGGAAUUGAAUCUUCUGGCAAAGACACAUCUAAGGAUGGGCUAUCCGCUGGUAGUUUCACACAGGAAACACGGACAAACUGGUUGCCUGAAUGCCGUCUUCCACCAACAGUAUUGGCUGAGGAAACAGAGACUAAACCUGAAGUUUUAGAGUCCUCUAAGAGGGAGAAAGCAUCUGAGUCUUCUGAGAGGGAGAGAUUUUUGGAGUCUGCUAAGCAAGCUAAAUUUUUAGGCAUCGAGAAGCUGACAGAGAAUAUCUGUGGUGGACAAAUGCAGGGUGUUAGGAAGAGGAGAGGAAAAAGGAAGAGGAAAGAUUGUAAUAGGAACAAAGAAGGGAUUAUAGGAGAAGGCAACAUUUUGGGUUCUGUCAAUGUUACAAAUGCUUCCCAGUGGAAAGAAAGCUCAAUGCGUGACUCUGCUCAGAUUGCUAGAGCUCCUAGCAUAAUUGGUAGCAAUGUAGGUUUAAGCAGGCAAGGAAUUGAUGAUCUUAUGGCGAUCUUUGACACAAUUAUGAAGAAUGAAAAUGCUUCCAUGUUUCGUCAUCGACUUGAUAGCCAGAAGAAAAGAAGAUAUAAGAAACUGGUUCGGCGGCACAUGGAUUUUGACACCAUAAGGUUCAGAAUUUCAAACCGCUCCAUCACAUCAGCCAAAGAACUCUUCCGAGAUUUGCUCCUGCUCACCAACAAUGCAUUGGUUUUUUACUCCAAGAAGUCACACGAAUACAAAUCGGCAAUGCACCUAAGAGACCUUGUCACCAGGACACUAAGGCAACAGUGCAAGGACCCCAGUAAAAAGGCUGUUUCCACUGGUCUGAUCACCACAUCACCACUAUGUAAUCCUCCCGGAAAACCCAGAAGCAUUCGCCCACGUAAACACAAAUUAUCAGGGAAGGGAAGCAGCACUGUGAAUGUUGUUUCUGGGAAUUCACAAAGUGGUAGAAAACCGAGCAGUGGUAACCCCCUGCCAAUGGUAGAGUUGGUACCAGCAAAAGGGCUUGGUAAACAAGGAAAAGUUGGACGUGGAACUGCUGGUCGUCAAGCUGAAACUCUAGCUAAGGGGAGAAAGAGAACCCGAGGAAGGUGAAAUUUUGUAUAGGUAGUUUUGUUAAUUUCCCUUUGUCUAAUCCCAGUCUCUGGCUGUCAAACUGCUGACUUGGGUAGGUAGGCUGUAAAUGUACAUAAAAUUUUCCCCAUUUUGGGUGAUAUAGUUGCAGAAUGAUGGCCAUUGUAAUUAAAUACUGAGUUACAUCAAUUAAAGAAGUAAAAUUUGUUGUUUUCUUGCUUUUACA